GUGUGCGGAAAACGAAAGUUAACUGGGCAGCAGGGCAAAAACGAAACUGUCAGCUGCUGCCAAGGUGCGAUUUCCUAGAAUCCAAAAGUUAAAGUUUAAUCAAGAAAUACAUAACUAAAAUACAUCAGUAGCCACAUUAACCAGAUUAGGUUUUUUGUUUCUUUAGUGUCUUUUUUAUAGACUUCCACAGACAUCUGAAUACUUUUACAUGGUUGCAUUAAGGCUUUACUCAAAUAAAAGGGGUCAAUUAGGGUUUGGCAUCUAAACAUCCACGUUCAAGUUCUCCAUUGGCUGCACUUAGAUAGUGUAAUCUACUGUAUCGUUUAUGAUGUCAAUCACCUGGUUUUGUUUUCGAUGUUUGUAAACAGAAACUGUCGCUGAUGUGCUCAUCAGCUGACCGACCAACCCUCCAGGCUAUUUAAGCUGCGUCCCAAUGCGUCAAGAUUCAUAGAGCUGCAAGGCGUGACAGUACGUGCAAGGUUUAAAGAUGCUUCUUUCUUCAAUAAUCGCGUCUCCGAAAGUGCUCCUGCAGCUCUGCAUCAGCACAAUCCAUUGCAUUUUUGCGAGCGUCUUUUCAAAAGUUGGGUCCUGGACAAGAGGAGGCUGCAAGGACGCAAACUCAGCUGUUAACAGCAAACUGGACAAACGUAUAGACCAACAUGCGACGACUCCAACAAGUGUUAAUUAUCAUUUUACCCGCAAAUGCAAUUAUAAAUGUGGGUUUUGUUUCCACACUGCAAAAACAUCUUUUGUCCUGCCUCUAGAAGAAGCCAAAAGGGGACUCACACUUCUAAAGGAAGCAGGAAUGGAAAAGAUUAACUUCUCUGGAGGAGAGCCUUUCCUGCAUGACAGGGGCGAGUUCCUGGGGAAAUUGGUUCAGUACUGUAAACUGGACCUCCAGCUCCCCAGUGUCAGCAUUGUCAGCAAUGGAAGCAUGAUCAAAGAAAAAUGGUUCCAGAAAUAUGGUGACUAUUUGGACAUUCUAGCCAUUUCCUGUGACAGCUUCAACGAAGAAACCAACCAGCUGAUUGGCAGAACUCAGAACAGGAAAAGCCAUCUCGACAACCUCUACAAGAUUUGCAACUGGUGCCAGCAGUAUAAAGUGGCAUUCAAAAUCAACUCAGUCAUCAACACUUUCAAUAUUGAUGAAGACAUGACCGAGCAGAUCAACCAACUUAAUCCUGUUCGUUGGAAGGUGUUCCAAUGUCUGUUAAUUGAUGGGGAGAAUGCAGGAGAGGCAGCUCUGAGAGAGGCGGAGAGGUUCGUCAUCAGUGAUCAACAGUUUCAAGAGUUUCUGGACAGACACAGCAGUGUCUCCUGCCUGGUUCCUGAAUCAAAUGAGAAGAUGAGGAACUCUUACCUGAUCCUGGAUGAGUAUAUGCGUUUCCUGGACUGUCGAGAGGGGAGAAAGGACCCGUCCAGAUCAAUCCUUGAUGUUGGUGUGAAGGAAGCCAUUUGCUUCAGUGGCUUUGAUGAGAAAAUGUUUCUAAAGAGAGGAGGGAAAUACGUUUGGAGUAAAGCUGACAUGAAGAUGGAAUGGUGAAGUUCUGCAGCUUGCUUUAAUUCACCAUUGCUGAAUGUUUGCACAUUAAACAUGUACAGUAUAAAAGUUUUAUUUUUAUGCAUGCACUUUUAUAGCUUUCAUUGCUGUUUGUGAAUUUUGGAAAAAAAAUCUUUUACUGCAGUUUUUUUUUUUAAAUGAAGGUAUUUUAAAUUAAAGAAAAACUUUGAGAGUGUUGGAAAUGUUUAUUAUUUAUAUGUGAUGUUUCACAUCACUCUCCAAAACAUAAUAAAGUCAUUUUAUUAAAAAAAAAAAGUAAUUUGCAGUUUGUGUUACAUUUAUUUUACUGCUUUCCAUUAGACAUCACUUUGAUUAUUGAUGCUGUUUAUGUAAAAUGUGUUCCUAUUAGGGUAGAGUUAAGUUAGAUAAUUACGGCUGUCUAAUUGUACUGUCUUUUGUAACAUGAGGUUUUGUAAAAUAAAUCAAAUAGCCUCCCA